AUGAUGUCUGAUAGAUCAACUUUGGACCGAGCUUCAAUCCCUAUCAACAAAGACAGGGAUAAGAACAGCAGACACUCGGCUAGAUAUCGUCGACUCCAUGCUUUUGGACAUGAUGCAACUGAGACUCAAACUCAAGACCCAAGUGAUAACCAUAGUCAAGGAGGAUUAGGGUUAGAAAAAGAUGAUCGUAGUAAUUUUACCAGAACAGAUUCGAUCGUCUCCACCACGCAAUCGCAAUCACCCUCAAUGUUAAAUACAAGCAGAAGAACCACUACGGCACAUCCUGAAUACCAUCAAGAUGAUACGGGACAUACGAACACAAACAUACUUCGCCAUCCACAUUCCAACAGAGUUUUCGAACGAUCGGCUCUGUUACAAGAGGAGGGAAAACCUUACGAUGCGCCGCCAGGUGAAUACUAUGAUGGUGGUAGAUAUAAACGGUGGAAUAUAGUGUUUUACACAUAUGGCAGAGAUGGGGAGGAGCAAUCAGGAAAAGGACAUGAGGUGGACGAGGUGGAGAGGGAGAUGUUGAGUGAGUUAGAGAAUGAUUAUCGUACGAGGGGGUGGUAG